AUGGCGGAGAAGGAAGCGAAAAAGGAAGCCAUAGAAAUAAUUUACGAAAUUUCAAACAUCCUAAACGUAAACCUGGACAAAGAAACCAUUGUCAUUUUAAUUCAGUUAUGUGAAUAUGGAGUGAGCCCCAAAGUACUCUCGCACAUCAUUAUUCAGUUGAAGAAGGAAAAGCAAAAGUUUCUCCAAAAUUUGAGCAACAACAUGGGAAACCUCAAGCAGGGAAAUGCAUAG